AUGCCGUGCUAUGUUUCACUGUCCCUUGCACUACUAAGUUUGACAUCCAUUGCACAAUCAUCACCACCAAAAGUCGAAGAUAUCAGCAACGGAACAAGAUGGGCAGUUUUGGUUGCUGGUUCAAGAGGAUAUAAUAACUAUAGGCAUCAGGCUGGUGUAUGCCAUGCAUACCAGAUACUAAGAAAAGGUGGACUCAAAGAUGAGAACAUCAUUGUGUUCAUGUAUGACGAUAUUGCAUUCAACCCGCAAAAUCCCAGACCUGGUGUUAUUAUAAACAAGCCAGAUGGAAAUGACGUUUAUCAAGGAGUUACCAAGGACUACACAGGAAUUGAAGUUAAUACAUACAACUUCUAUGCUGUUCUUCUAGGCAACAGAAGUACCCUCUUUGGUGGUAGCGGCAAGGCUCUAAAUAGCGGUCCAAAAGAUCACAUUUUCAUAUAUUACGCUGACCAUGGCGGCCCUGGGAUGGUUGGCAUGCCAAUUGAAGGUGAUUAUGUCUAUGCCAAAGAUCUCAUAGAUGUGCUGAAGAAGAAGUACGAUGCAAGGGGUUACAAAAGCAUGGUGUUUUACAUGGAAGUUUGUGAGUCUGGGAGCAUGUUUGAGGGUCUCCUGCCCAACAAUAUAAACAUAUAUGCAACUACAGCGGCAAAUUCAAAAGAGAGCAGUUGGGGAUUUUAUUGUCCUGGAGACUUCCCUAGUCCUCCUCCAGGAUAUGACGUUUGCUUGGGAGACUUGUAUAGUAUUUCUUGGUUGGAGGAUUGUGACAGGCACGACUUGAGCAAAGAAACUUUCGCAAAGCAAUAUGAAGUGGUCCGAAGGAGAACAGCAAAUGGCUACUCAGAUUCAAGCCAUGUUAUGCAAUUUGGGGAUAAGAGGCAACGCGAGGAUUUCAUCUUCACUUAUAUGGGUACAAUUCCUGAAAAUGAUAACAAUACUGACUUCGAAUACACGUCGAUCUCAAGGCCAAGGGUUGUAAGCCAACGCAACGCAGACCUCCUCCGUUACCGAUACAAGUUCCACAAUGCUCCUGAUGGCUCUAAUGUGAAGCUUGAAGCUCACAAACAGCUCAUGGACGAGAUUUCUCGGAGGAAGAAGGUGGAUUAUUACAUGAAGCAAUUUGGGAAGCUUUUGUUUGGGUAUGACAAGAGCUCAGAGAUGAAGAAUGUCAGGCCUCCUGGGGAACCUUUAGUAGACGAUUGGGACUGCUUUAAGAUGCUUGUGAAAACUUAUGAGAAACACUGCGGAGUUCUAUCAAGUUAUGGAAGGAAACAACGAGCUAUUGCGAACAUGUGCAAUGCUGGAGUCAAGCCGGAAGAAAUGGCAGCGGCAUGUGUUCACAUCUGUCAUAUGAAACUCCAUCUCUCUUAA